UACAGCGUUGUCGGUGAAUCGGUCUCUUUCGCAUUCUCGCGAACAAGCUCCAGCGUUUUGUAUCGUUUUCACGAGAACCCGGUGCGCGACGAUCAAACGUGACAAGAGGUGUGGUGUUAAGCAGUGCACAGUGUACGGUGGUAGUACAUAGCAGUGGAACCGCGACGUACAAUCUACCCGUAGAAAAUUCAAAUCGUAUUCGCGGUGGUCUUCCCCACUGUUUACUCGAUUCCGGCGACAAAGGUGCAAAGGUGGCAGACAGAAGAAUAAAAUCGUGCUGGUCGCGAGGAAUCGUUACACGAUCAAGGAUCGCGCGAUGCGAUCGAAUCACGACGAUCAACGUCGCGUCGUGUCGGGGUCGCGCGAUUCCAUCGACGGUAGCUUCGCUCUCAGACAGUAAACAAAAGUGACAGCGUGCGCGGAGAUGCCGAGUUCGGUCAUGCCUCCCGUCUCGACCGUGCCUGUCGACAGUGUUUGACGUGUUGUUUCUCGCGAGCAGCUCGAGAUUUCUCUCACGUGGUUCAAGGUCUUCUAAAAUCAUCCUGACGCCACGGUGCCAACGAAGAGGCCCCCAGUAAGUUUCACGGCGCUUUCGCGAUCGAACGUGUGCCCGACAGUUGUCACUGACAAGCAACGUCAACCGGGUUUUUCUCGCCGGUUAUUGGCUGUGUUCUUGUGUCUUCGCCGAGGACACGUCGCCCCGGGGAUAUCCCGCGAGCGCGUAUCCACGGAACGUGGAAAAACAACGGGUUACAAUACAUCGUCUUCGUUUGCGCAGAUUUCUUCCAGGAAAGCCAAACUCUUCUCUCCCGUGUUUCGAGAACCCUCGAAGAGGAGAGAGAUGUGCCAAGUUUCGCCGUUGCGGAUGUUCCAUGUGCUCGUCGCGUUCAUCGAUGUCGACCGCUUGCCGCACUGCGUCCCCUGCUAGGGCCAUGCCCUAGUAGACUGUGAUUCCGGAGCGUGAUUCCACUGCCAAACGCCUAGCGUAGAUACCUCCGUCGAUGUAAAUGUGAUCCCGAGAUAUGCCGAGCUACCACCGUUCCGAGGACGUAGCUCGACGCGUUGGAAGUCUUCCCGAUCGAGAAUCGUUCGUCGUUUAAGUCACGUCCGGCGACAAGACUGACCGAAUCCGUGUGUGAUGCGGGACGCGGAGGCGACGAUCUUCCGUCCCUGUACAAGCUGCUCAAUCUUCUCGCAAUAACGGGGAAAAUGUUCGGCAAGGUGCCGCCGUCGAACACACCGGGUCCGCCAUCUUGCAGCGGUUCGCCCAGCAAGGCCGCCAGGCCGACCGGGUCCACGUGUCUGCCGUGCUUCGCCACGGAGGAUACGCCCGUCCUGCUGGCCGACGAGAAGUCGAAACCCUGGAGACCCAAGGAGAACUAUGCCCCCGUGGUCUCCGAGGCGCCAUCACCGGGCAUAGAGGACGCAAAACCGAAGCUGUGGAGGUCCAAGGAGAACUGUAACUCCUCCAUCAUCCUCGACGCGCCGUCCAUCAUCGAGGACAAGUCGAAAGCCAAGUCGUCGACGGUCGCGGAGGACAAGUCGAAAUCGCGCAGAUCGAAGGAGAAUUGUAACGUGGUCGCGGUCGCGUCCGAGACGUCUUCCCUCGGCGAAGACAAAUCGAAGGUCAGGAGAAGCAAGGAAACGUGCACGCCCACCGAGUGUCCCACGAUCGACGAUAAGAAGCUACGCAGGUCGAAGGAGAGCAGCGGCAGCUCGCUAGUUUCCGAGGCGCCUUUCGCCGACGACAAGUCGAAGCCGUGGAGGGUGAAAGACUCGAACAACGGAGUAGGGGCCGUCGAGUUCUGUAGCGGCACUCAGCCGUCCGGGUCCGCGUCCAAUUAUUCCCAGGCGUCGGUCGCGUUCGUCGAGGUCAGCAGACCCUGCAGGACCGAGGCGACCGGCACCAAGAACUGUUCCAAGUACUCGUCGGCCAAAGAGACGGCGAAUCACGGCAGAAGCCACGCGGGUCACGCGCAGAGGCCGGGCCAGCCGAACCCCGCGACGAACUCCUCCGCCAUCCACAAAUGCUCCUCCAACCCCAAUUGUCCCAGCUUCGCGAAAUCGCAACGGGUUCUUUGCUCCGCCAGUCUGAGCAGCCUGAACGUCGAGUCUUCGAAGAUCGCGAAGAAGCAGACCCUCCUCGGGGGCAAAGAUCGCGAACAUUUGCCCGGGAAGCAAAGAAACGCCGCGCAGACCGUCGUUCCCACGUCGAUGAAAUCUUCCGCGAGGUCUUCCGAGUGCGUUACGCACGCCAAGAGGUCGCUGACCGAGUCGAGCGACGAGACGGACUCCUCCGUCGCCGACCUGACGGUGAUCUCCGCGAUCCAAUCGAUCGGCGAGUCCCCGUGCACGAAAUCGACGUCCAAGGACGUCGCGGAUCCCUCGAGCUGCGAGCGAAACUGCAGAGCGGACUUCACCACGUCCACCCCGUCCAAGGAUUGGACGAGAACCAACAGCGACGCGUUGCAGCAGAGCUGCGCUUCCUGUUUGCCGCAAGAUCUUCCUACGGAGCUACAGUCAUCGCCGCGUAGCUACAGGGAUCGAGAGAAGUGCCGUGAUCCAUGGCGACCGACCGAGAUGGAAAGCAAUAUCUGCAACCUGAACGUGUGUCCUAGCGAUACCUAUCAGGAUACGGGCACGAAAAGGAGGACAGGUGCUUCCUGCCAGGCGUUGAGGCAUGCGGUCGCCUCGUUGAAUCGACUGGAUGACUUCUACAUGGAGAAGAUCGGGGCCGGGUUCUUUUCGGAAGUCUUUAAGGUUACUCACAAAGUGACGAGUCAGGUGAUGGUCCUGAAGAUGAACCAGCUGCCGGCGAACAGGCCGAACAUGCUGAAGGAGGUGCAACUGAUGAACAAGCUCAGUCAUCCGAACAUACUCAGGUUCAUGGGAGUCUGCGUGCACGAGGGUCAACUGCACGCCCUGACGGAGUACAUAAACGGAGGCAGCUUGGAGCAGCUGAUCAUGUCCAGGCACACACCGCUUCCGCACCUGAUCAGGAUGAACCUGGCGCGCGACGUGGCUCGCGGCAUGACCUAUCUGCACAGCCGCGGACUCUUUCAUCGCGAUCUCACGUCCAAGAACGUUCUGAUCAAGAAGGACGAGCACACGUCCGAGCUGACCGCGGUGGUGGGCGAUUUCGGUCUCGCCGCCAAGAUCCCCGAUCCCAGCUCGGGUUACAGGCUCAGCACCGUUGGCAGCCCCUACUGGAUGUCGCCGGAAUGCCUCAAGGGUCAGUGGUACGAUCACAGGUCGGACGUCUUCUCGUUCGGCAUCGUCGUCUGCGAGCUGAUCGGCCGCGUGCCGGCCGAUCCGGACGUUCUGCCACGGUCAGAUAACUUUGGCCUCGAUUACCUGGCCGUGGCAGAGAUCUGCGCCGCCGCCGAUCCACCACCCGCCUUCCUGCAACUUGCCUUCCAUUGUUGCACGUACGAGCCAAAGUCGAGGCCGACGUUCCCGGAGAUCGCGUCGAACCUGGACGGGAUGAUCGCCAAUUGCGAGGACGAAUCGAAGGGCAAUAUGGGUAAACGGCAGUCGGUGGACCCGGCCCUGAUGUCCAGCAUGGACGAGAUCACGCGCGAGGGACGACCGACGAAGCGGAAGACGGCUCGUCUGAGGAGUCAGUCCGCGGACGCGAGAGGCUGCGACAACGCGACGCCUUCCGACAAGGCGAGAUGCCAUUCCGCGAGGAGGGUCGCCGAGCUGGCGAGCAGAAGGGACCCUCACUACAGGCCCAUGACGGCCAAUCCGUUCCACGCGCUGGGUGGCGUCAAGAAGAUCCUCGGGGACCUGUUCUCCAGCUGCCUGGAGCUCCCGUCUCUCGAGGACGUCAGACCGAGCGUCACCGAUGCUAUCGCCAAGUUCAAGCCCGCGCAGAACGACAGUAUCGCCAAGAUCUUGGACAGGAAGAAGCCCAACUCCGAGCCCAGCAGCCCCACUGCCAGGAAGAAGUGGGAACGAAAGGUGGCAACGAAGGUAGGUGCCGCGAGUCUGUUCACCCAUCCGUUGUUCAGAGACGGAUGGGAGCCCAGAAGACGCGGCAGCUGCGAGUCCGGGUUCUGGAGCUGCGUGGGCGAGGACCUGAGCCCCGAGCCGCCUAAUCGCAGACAUACCUCGACUCUGAGCAGCUCGGCGGCGAGCAGUCUGUUCUUGUUAGACGAUCACCGGACCAGCUCGAUCUACACCGACUCGUCCGAGGACAUAGCGAGUCUGGGUGGCGGUGACUCGUGCUGGGAGGAUAAGUUGAGUGGUAUCGGGUCUUCCAGUAAAACGAUUUCGAAGAUCGUCGAGUAUUUCGAGAGAAAGGAAGCCGGGAGUUUGAGACUGGCCGACCACGAGGCCGGUUCCAGCAGAUUGACGCUGCUGAAGGCCAGCUUGGAGGGUCCGGUUCCUCUUUGCAGCAUCUCCGCCGCGCAGAGGUUGGUCGUUUGCGAGGGUGCGGUGCGCAGCAAGUUGCCCCUGUUCGAUAAGAAGUGAUACGCGUCGCUGGCGCGUC